AUGCCUCGUCCAGGGAGAAACACUUACAGCGACCAGAAACCACCUUACUCCUACAUCUCCCUUACUGCCAUGGCGAUCCAGAGCUGCCCGGAGAAGAUGCUUCCCCUCAGUGAAAUUUACAAGUUCAUCAUGGAUAGAUUCCCUUAUUACAGAGAAAACACUCAGCGGUGGCAAAACUCUCUACGACACAACUUGUCAUUCAACGACUGCUUUAUCAAAAUCCCCCGGCGCCCAGACCAGCCAGGUAAGGGCAGUUUCUGGGCAUUGCACCCCAGUUGCGGGGACAUGUUUGAGAAUGGAAGUUUCUUGAGACGCCGCAAAAGGUUCAAAGUGUUGGGUGCGUCUGAUCAUUUGGCCUCCAGUAAGCAGUCAGAUGCUGCACAUUACCUCCAGCAGCAAGCCAAACUGAGACUGAGCGCCCUGGCAGCCACUGGCACACACCUGCCCCAAAUGUCAACUUACAACCUCGGAGUGUCUCAGACGUCAACUUUUAAGCAUCCGUUUGCCAUCGAGAACAUCAUCGCCAGAGAGUACAAGGUCCCGGGAAGUCUGGCGUUCUCCACCAUGCAGUCCAUGUCUGCCGGGUACCCGCUCCACAACCAGCUGACGACAGCCUGGCCCCACAUGUACAGCACCAGCGUGAUUGACACUGCGGCCCCAAUCUCCAUGGCAAGCAGCGACUACAGUGCCUAUGGCGUGCCCAUCAAGUCCCUGUGUCACGGUGGACAGUCGUUACCGGCUAUCCCUGUACCAAUCAAGCCCACCCCGACCUCAAUGGCCGGUUUCUCGGCGUUACCUCCACACAUCCCCGCGUUUCUAUCAAACUCUCCACAAUCUCUGAGCCCGACGUCCCCACAGACAGCGACGAGCCAAAGCAGCCCCGCGACCCCGAGCGAGACUCUGACGAGCCCCUCCACACUGCAGUCGGUGGCUGUGCACUGA